UUCGUCCUUUCAUUCAUGGGAGCGCUGUUGGUUGUGGAAGAAUUCCUUCACCUCAAAGAGGGUCAUUCCAAACUAAACAGAGAGGGAGCUGAGCGUGCAAACUGGAAGACUCGGAACAAUUCUCGAGUUGCACUGCGAUUUUUAUUUUUGGCAAGGCAGCCGCCACGGUGUGAGUGAUCCACAACAAAUUAAAAGAGAACGCGAGACGCUGCUAUGUGGUUUAAUUGCUGGCCGUCAAAUAACACGGAGAAUUCUUUCUCAAGGGGGGCUUUGGGAUUGGAUCUGCGGGGUUACUCUUGGUUAGAAGACACCGAUAGUGCAAAUGACGUUUAGGCAUUUUGUCAUCUUAGAAUAAUCAUUUGGAAGGCUCCUAAAAAAGAAGGCCAAAAUGACCAGAACUGAAGAACUGCCAGAUAGCCAUACUUCUGAAGAGUUUUACGAAAAAUAUGAACCUAAGGAAAUCCUGGGAAGAGGAGUAAGUAGUGUUGUCCGUCGAUGCAUUCAUAAAGUCACUCGACAAGAAUACGCUGUUAAAAUUAUAGACAUCACAGCCGGAAAUCUCUCCCCACAAGAAGUUCAGGAGCUGAGAGAAGCCACUCUGAAAGAAAUCAACAUCCUCCAGAAAGUAUCUGGACAUCCUAACAUUAUCCAACUGAAGGAUAGCUUUGAAUCUCACACCUUCUUCUUCCUGGUCUUUGACUUGAUGAAGAAAGGGGAACUAUUUGAUUACCUUACAGAGAAGGUGACCUUAAGUGAGAAGGAAACUAGGAAAAUCAUGCGUGCUCUUUUGGAAGUGAUUCAGUUCCUCCAUGCCUUGAACAUUGUCCACAGAGAUCUCAAGCCAGAGAACAUCCUGCUAGAUGACGACAUGAACAUCAGACUCACUGACUUUGGCUUCUCAUGUCAGCUGCAGGAAAAUGAAAAACUCAAAGAGAUCUGUGGUACUCCUGGCUACUUGGCUCCAGAAAUACUAGAAUGUUCCAUGGAUUCAGAUCAUCCAGGUUAUGGGAAGGAAAUUGACAUGUGGAGUGCAGGAGUCAUCAUGUACACCUUGCUGGCCGGAUCUCCUCCUUUCUGGCACCGGAAGCAGAUGCUGAUGUUGAGAAUGAUCAUGAAUGGAGAUUACAAGUUUGCGUCUCCAGAGUGGGAUGACCAAUCAGAUACAGUCAAAGACUUGAUUGCCCACUGUUUAGUGGUGAAGCCGCAAAAUCGUUACACUGUGGAGGAUGCCCUUACCCACCCCUUCUUCCAGCAAUACAUGGUGGAGGAAGUCCGGCACUUCAGCCCCUUCCGGAAAUUCCGGGUGAUCUGCCUGACUGUCCUGGCCUCAGUUCGGAUCUACCUCACCUACCGCAACAUCAAGCCGAUCACCCAGGAUGUGCUGCAGCGCGACCCUUAUGGGCUGAAGCCAGUCCGCAAAAUGAUUGAUGCUUGCGCCUUCCGGAUCUAUGGCCAUUGGGUGAAGAAAGGAGAAGCUCAAAACAGAGCUGCCCUCUUUGAAAACACUCCCAAAGCCAUCCUGCUCAGCUUGGCUGCCGAAGAGGAACUUCUCUGAUUUCCAAAAUCUGCAGGAAGAAAGCAGUUCAAACAGCCUUUGGCAUCUUCCUAAUUGGGCUGAGCAGGGUCCCAACACAUGUGCAGACUUCAACUCCCACAAUUCCCCAGCCAACAAAGAUGGAAAUGAAAUAGCAAAGUGUAAAGCCGAAUAUAGACCAGAAUGCCUUUUUAUUAAGUGCCUUAUUAUUGUUGUUGUUGAUUGCACAGUCGGCCAGCCAAAUGUUUAGACUUGAUCUGGUAUUUUUGUUUACAAGCUACAGGUAGUCUUCGACUUACAACUGUUCAUUUAAGCAACGGUUUGAAGUUAUAGGAGUCGAGGUGGCGCAGUGGUUAGAGUGCAGCACUGCAGGCUACUUCAGCUGACUGCUAGCUGCGGUUCGGCAGUUCAAAUCUCACCGGUUCAAGAUUGACUCAGAUUUCCUCCUUCUGAGGUGGGUAAAAUGAGGACCCAAAUUGUUGGGAACAAUAUGCUGACUCUGUAAACCGCUUAGAGAGGGCUAUAAAAGCACUAUGGAGUGUAUAUAAGUCUAAGUGCUAUUGCUAUAACAGAGCUGAAAAAAGUGACUUGUAACUGGUCCUGGCACUUACAACCACAAUAUGCCUACAGUCACCUGACCCAAAUUCCAGCGCUUGGCAUGUGUUUAUUCUAGCCACCCACUUUAGAUAGCAAGAUGGGUGGCAUAUAAAUUUAAUAAAUAAAUAGCCGGGUAAUGUGAUAACCAAUUCCAGUUAGUUUUAAAAAAGCAAAGUCAAUGGAGGAAGCUCGGUUCCUUUAACAACCAUAGCAAAAAAGUAAAAUCAGAAUAACUCACUUAACAACCACUUUGCUUAGCAAUGGAAAUUCUGGUCUUAAUUGUGAUCGUAAAUUGAGGACUACCUGUAGUAUUUCUGAAACCUGUGAGAUCCAAGGAUAAAUGUAAAGCUCUGAAAUGCGAAGCUGCACUGCCAAAUCAUAGUGCUAAUUCCCAUCCGUCAAGGUUUCUCUACCCCUCUGAAGGGCUUUUAACAGUCAUAGGAUGAAACUCACAGUCUAUCUUUAUUUUUUUUGAAAGGAAAUAUUGGGGAUUUCUGCUUGUGGGCUGUUACUGUUAGAUUCAGGAUGGAGGGGUAGCAUGUCUUAGAACCCAAAUCUUCCAUUCAAAGUAUGGAGGAUGUAUUUGGCAUGUCUGAAAUGGAACUUCCAUGUUUCAAGCCAGCCUAGUUCUGAAUGCCAGCUAUUGUGGAUUGCUGAGGGGUGGGAGGGUUGUUGUCAUGCUUCACUGAUGUACUGUAUGUUAAGAUCCAGGUUGCCAUUACUGCACUGAAACAUGUCCCAAUCCAGCAGAAGUAGGCAAAGAAAACAUCUAAUAUAAGCAAUUCUGUUAUCUGUAACAAGGAAGAUGAUAGAUAAACGUCUAGCAUUAACACGUAGCUCAGUUAUGUUGAUGAAGAUUCUCAGUCAUUCAGGUAGUUGCCAUAGUAGUAGAGUCAACUACUACUGGACUUCUUGUUUUUGUUGGUUCGAAACAUUUUGUUGCUUAUCCAAGUAGCUUCUUCAGUCUGAGCAAUUUGCUUAGGGGGACCACAUAUAUGUCCUCCAACUCACCCUGGAGGACAUCUAUGGAAUCCCCCUAACCAACUUUAACCUAGAACUAAGGAGAAAUUUCCUGAAAGUUAGAACAAUCAAUCAGUGGAACGACUUGCCUCCAGAAGUUGUGAAUGCUCCAACGCUAGAAGUUUUUAAGAAGAAGUUGGACAACCAUUUGUGUGAAAUGGUAUAGGGUUUCCUGCAUGAGUAGGGGGGUUGGACCAGAAGAUCUCCAAGGUCCCGUCCCAACUCGAUUAUUCUGUUAUUUUGUUAUUCUGUUAACUUGUUCAGACUGAAAAAGCUACUUGGAUAAGCAACAAAACGUUUCAAAGCAACAAAAAGAAAUCCAAUUGCCAUGACUCAAACUCCACAUAGAUGUUAUGCACAUGAUUUUUUAAAAAAAUAUUUAACAAACAAUAAAUGUGCUUUAUUUAUUCAAACCAAUCGAAUUGUGAUAUGUGGAUUCUUAAAUUUCAUCCAAAUUUGUAGAACUUUAUCCCAAAUUGGCAUGAUCCUAUCUCACUUAAAAUUACUGCAGAGUCAUGCUGGAGGGGAGGGGAGGGGAGAA